CGCUGUAUUACUUGUGAAUAUCUGGAAUGAUGCGUAGUUGCGCGUUGUACGUGAUGUUACGAUGAGUUAAGAAGUAUGAACUAUGAUAGAAGUUUAAUUAUUACAUGUGAAUUUAUGGCGGUAAAGGGAUUUUUAAUAUUAUUAUGUGCUACAACUAUAUUCGUCGAAUUAUCUUACGCCGACAUACAAGAACCAUGGAUGGGGAAAGAGAUUCUCGUCCAAAUAAAAUUUCUCACCGAACCUAAAGAUGUGAUCGUUGAGUCAGGCCAGACCGCUAAAUUUUCUUGCGAUGUCAGCGUAAUCGAAGGUAUUAAUUCAGUAUCGUACACAUGGAUGCACAACGAUCGCGUCUAUGCCGGCAAGAAAGCCAAAAGUGGAACUUUAACGAUAAGCCCGGCGAAAAAAGAAAAAGAAGGCCUAUACCACUGCAUCGCCAACACCACGUUCGGAUCACUGAAGAGUCGCGCUGCUAGAUUGAAGAUCGCAGAAAUCUCAUCCCCAUCUAAAGACAGCAUCGAGCCGGAUGUAUUCGCUUCCGAAGGUGAGAAUGUGAGAUUAUCGUGCGAGAUAAAUUCCGUACCCGAGGCUGAAGUUAUGUGGUUCUUUGAAGGCAAUUCCAUCUCAAAUAGAACUGAAAAAUACUUGAUCUCAACGAAAUACCUGUAUAUUAACAAUACACAAAAACCCGACGCCGGAGAGUACAGUUGCAAAGGAGUUAACUCGAUGACAAAAGGACAAGCCCGUCUCAGAUUCCCACUAAGAGUGGGCGAAGGGGUGAAAAUACAAGAGAAAAAAUUAGCAUUUAUUUCGCCCGAGAUUCCAAAAAACCUAACUGUAGUACGAGGACGUAAUUUGUCAUUGCACUGUCAUGUAAACAAGGCGAAUGCUUUUGUCACAUGGCUUGAAGUGGCUGAUAUCCAUCAUGGAGGAACAAUGUCGAGGAUUCUUCUACAUCAGAAUAGUUUUUAUACAUUGGAGUUUGGACAAAUGGAGAAAGAAAACAGAUACGAGUAUACGUGUGUAGCAGAAAUUUACAAGUACGAUUCGAACAAGAAAGUUACGUUGGAGCAAAUUAAACAGGAAGUUAAUAUUACGGUAGGAGAAGCUCCUAAGAUUUUGGGCCUUUCGUCAUCUCGAGAAAUGGAAAACUUAGGUAUUCCGAAACGAUUUUACUGCAACGUAUCUGGAUACCCGCCACCGAUAGUGAAAUGGUUUCAUGAUGGCGAAGAAGUCGACUCGAAUAAUAAGAAUCAUCGUUUCAUGAUUACUUCGAAUUUCGAAUCGAAAGAAAAAAUCAGUUAUAAUUCGUUGACGGUGCAAGAUUUAGAAUACCGGGAUCGAGGUGUAUACCAGUGUGUGGCUGAAAAUGAAUUCGGAUCGACGUCCAGCGCUACCGUAUUGAAAAUUGGAUCUCGUGAUAAGAUACCACCCACGGUGACCGGAGUAAAAUGUCACGUUAUUAAUACGACCGAUAUUAUGGUCACAUUUGAUCCCAGCGGCGGUCAUCCAAAUGCUCCUAAAGUCGACGUUGCCGAAGAAAUUCCGCUGAUUAGUACAGGCGAUGGAGGACCAUCGGCCCCAAAAAUAACUUCCACGAUUUCAGCUAUAUUCGUGGUGUCUUUCUUUCGCGAAGGCGAUCCUACUAGUCGUAAUGCGGCGCCGGCGAUCAACGGGUCCGUUAUUAUUGGUAACCUUAAACCGGACAGCAAGUACUCGUUUUCUGUGAGGAGAUACCAGGAUAGAUUUGGAUCAGAUCCAUCGGAAAAGGUCUCUUGUUCUACGUCAGGUUCUGCGAUAAAAAUCGAAGAACACGCUCCUAAAGCUCAAUAUUUAAGACUUCUUCCGGACUCGAUUUUUCUGUACUGGCCCAAAUUCGUUGACGAUUCGUUCGAAAUCCAUGUGCAAAAUAUGGACAAUUCGAGCAACAAGUUUCGAUUAACAUCCUACACUAAUUACACAGUGAUUACGAAUUUAACCGUCAAUGAACCUUACAAAAUCAGCGUGUAUUCUAUUCCAAGUGCCGAUGCCUAUGAACCGAUUAAAAUCGUAUUGAGACAAAUUGAAUUGAAAUACAGAUUUCAAAUUUACAAAAUUAACGAAUCUUCCGUCGUGUUGGUAUGGAAAUUGGACGCCACUCCUGUAAUAUUAAAAGGAUAUCAAAUUCAAUAUACAAGGCAGGGACUCGAAGGAGACGUCAAUGAAGCGUUCGUAGAGACCGACAGUUCCUUUUUUAUAAUUCAUGGACUGAGUCCCGGUGAAACAUACGAUGCGUCCUUAUUUAUCGUACUUGACGACGGUGUAAAUGACCACCCAACCGAAUUGACAAAGUUGACUUUCACAAUGGCGCAGGAGCCCCCAGAACCAAGAUUACCAACUAUUACCCCAGACUGCGGUAAGGCUGUUGAUUCGGAACUUCGGUUUCUUUGGUAUUACGCUGACCCGACAUUUUGCAUAUUUUUGGUCAAAUAUCGAUCUUUGAACAGCACCGAAUACAAACUAAGAGUCUCUACGGAAAAGAAUGUAAAAUUUUAUGAUGUACCUGCCGACUCUGGUUACGAGGUCAGUAUUCAAGCUCUGAACGAAGAUGGAGAAGUGAGUAAUUUCACCACUCCUCCUGUGACGUGCAAGACUAAACCAGCGAUACCGACUGUUCUAACGCCAGGUCAAGUAGACAAUAUAUCGUAUGCUCAAGUCAGCUCGAAAAUUGCGUAUUUAUCUUGGCAAAGGCCUAAACAUUUUGACCCAUCGAAGUACAGUUAUGUCAUAUCUUACGGUAUUCGUAAUCAAACUAAACCUGAUUGGAAACCAGAUUCUAUUUCAGCCAUCAAUACGACCGAAAUCAGAGUCCAUGGUGAUACGAAUUUCGUUGCUAUUCCCGAACUAGUUGCGAAUACCGAGUACGUGAUCACGAUCGGAGUUGAAAAUAUUUUAACCCAUGAAAUUUCCCAAGGUCCGAAAAAAAUCAUCGUACUGCAGCCGAGACCGGAAGAAAGAGAUGAAACGUUCAUCGGCUUGGUAAUCGGAGGCAGUAUAGGCAUAGUUUUCAUUUUAGUCUGCAUCAUUUCGGCCAUAUGUGGUAAAAGAUUGCUCAAGCAGUAUUACUACGAGCGAAACGACAGUAUGCGUAGUUUAUCGACGUACAAGAAACCAGAUAUGAAGAUUUUGGCCAAAAAUUCUACCGUUUUUAAGAAUUCGGCUGCUUAUGGAAACGGUACAAAUUUACAAUUACCGUUGUUGUCAAACGGAACUUACGUCAAUGGAGGCGUACAGAUUACCAGCAUCGAAGGUGUCAGAUAUUGUCCCGGCACUGGCAAAAAAGUAACCAGACACGAUGACGGCAUGUUACUCCAUCGCGAUUCACCUUUAGACGACACGUACGAAAAAAUCAUGGAGGCUGCUGAUACGGAUCGAGAUCGCGAAGGAGGCGAUUCCGGAUACUGCGACAAAACCCAUUCUCAAAGUCCACCUCUCAAAGACAGCAGCGGCGGCAGAAGACAUCGAAAAAGCUCCGAUAUACCGACAGACGACGGUUUUCACGAGUCAAAUGAGAUCUACAUCAAUGGAUCGUCUCCGGUGUAGCGUAUGUGGUCUCGAUAACGAGACCCAAGAGAUUAUUCAUUAAUGUACUAAACGAUUCCAAAUCUGUAUCUGUGUGUGUUUUAUCCGUAUCUAAGUCGUCUCGAGUCUUUUGAUGAUUAUGGUGUUUUUGUUGUUGCUACUGUUGUUGUUGUUGUUGUUGUUACGAAAAGCGAAGGUGUACUCGCGAAACGAGUUGGUUUUUUUUUCAGGGACCAUGGCUAUAGCGCGAUUUGUGUUCAAUGUAGGCGCGCCUAAGCCGGGGGAAUGUUUGAAACCAAAUGUUAUUUAUGUUUAAAAAUUCAAUUCUCAGUUACCUGAUUAGUCCGAUAAGUUUAUAUGGAAGUGUUUAUUAUGAUUAUUAUUACGAGAUUCUUUUUUAAUUACUAUUAACUUGAUAUUUUUUCUUCUUUCGAAACUAUUAUUUUACCUUUAUUAUUAUUAUUGUUAUCAGUGUUUUAGUUUUCUUCUUUUUUUUACGUUUUGAAAAAAAAACAGAGGUGGUCGAUUUUGUAGCGAAAAGGUCGUUGAAUCGGGCUAUUAGACUGAAUAUAUCAAAUAUUAUGAUCCUCAUUUGGGAAGAUUCUCUUGCCAAUUGAGUCUUGCCACGUGUUUUCAGGGUUUUACGCAUUUCUCUCAUUUAUUAUAACAUUAACAAAUAAAUCGAACACCUCCGAAAGAGUUGAGAUAAUUCUAAUACGUCGAAUUAUUAUUAUUAUGUUUUACUUAUGUAAUUUUUAUACGCGUAAUGAAGGUUCCUACUAUGUAUAUAACCUACUACAAUUUGACGUGUUUGAACGAAAUUGCAUUUUUUUCUCUUCUUUUUUCCUCUGUUAAGUUAUUUGAAAGAAAUUUUCAUUUUUCGGAAUUAUUAUUGUCGUGUAUUUGUACAAAUUAUUAUCGUAAGCAGGUUUUCAUCCUACGAAUUAUUUUUGUUUCAUAAGUGUUGGUGCGUUUCUUUUUUUUAUUUCAUAAUUAUUGUGUUUUAUUGUUUUUCUUUCUACUUUUUUAUAUUUUAUGAUUUUUCUGUUUAAAAAAAAAAAUGGUUUCGUCGUGUCAAACGAAACGUGUUUACAAAGGUUAAUCGUAUUUCAAAAAUGUACAGUUGCACGUAACAUUGUGAAAGGAAAGGUUUAAUGGUGCUUGAUUUUUUUUUUCUUUUUUUAAUGUGAGAAAAUUACCAUUUUUAUUGUGUAUUUUGUAAGCGUACUUAAAUUAUGUUAGAAUGUGUUUAAAAAGCUCAUAUACGCUAAAAUAGUUAUGUUUUGAUAGGGUGGUACUUGGUACUGUGCUGUUGUUUUUGUUUGCGACUUUGCAAGUCGAAUUUUUUAUUCGAUUUUUUGUGACUUGAUUUUGUAUUUUUUUUUCUUAUUUUGCUUGAAAAAUUGAUUACAAAUGGGCAAUUUGUAGCUAUCAUAGUUUCAAAAUUUUUGAAGAGGGUUGAAACGUAAUCAAAAUUUGGUAAUUUAAUGAAUUUAAAAAAAGCUACAAUUUCUAAAAAAUUCGAAAUCUGUUAAAAUUGAUAAAAAAACUGAAAAUUUAAUAUUUUUUUCAUUUUUAUUUGUGAUUGAAAUUUUUUGGGAUAUUUCCAAUUUCCUGUUUCCUGUUUAUUAAAACAAAUAGAAAUACCACGAAAAAAUUUUUGAAAUCUUGGAAUUUUAAACAAUUUUAAUUUUUAAAGAUUUGAUGAAAAUUUGAAGGAAUUUCUCAAAAAAUAGCUGUAAAAUUACGUCAAAAAAUUGUGAAAAUCUGACAUUUUUACCCCCUUCCCCCGACUUGGUUCGAAGGUUUCGAGUAAAAAAACUGUAGCUUAUAAAAAUCGACUUCAUUAAAAAUAAUUUCGUUUAAAAAACAUUUUGAAAAUUUGAAAAAUUAUUACUUCAAAGUUGAAAAUUUUACGCAGAGAGCGUUUUUUAAUGUACGUUUCUUGCUGAUGAAGACAAAUUAGAGAACCACAAAGUGAAAACUUGGAUAUUUUAAAAAUUUUCCAUUUUAAAUUUUAUACGAGAUUAGAGUUGAUAAAUAUUUUGAAAAAUUAAAAAAAAUUCAGGUAGUUUCUAAAAAAAAAACUAUCAUUAAAAACGUUUGAAAAUGUAGUAAAAAUUUGAAAUUUUUUCAGUCAUUGUUCAUCCCCUACUUCCCCCUCCCCCAGAAUUCCUAAGUAAAAAAAUUCUACUUGGAAUUGAAUAUUUUGAUUGAAAAAAAUAUUGAAAAAAUUUGGGAAUCAUUUUUUUUUAAAUAUGAAAGUUUUCAAAAUAUUGCUUGAUUAAAAAUUUUUUGAGUGGAAAAAUCCACAAAAUAAAAAAUUGAAAGCUGAGAAAAUUUUUUGAUUUUGAUUUCUUGAGAAAUUUGGGUUGACUUACUUUCAACAAUGUUGGAAAUUUAAAGGAUUUCACAAAAAAUUGAUGUUAGAUGACCCGAAAAAAAUUGUGAAAAUUCAUUGCUUUUUUUGUAAAUAUUUAUCCCCUCCUUCUCCUCUUUUCCAAUAUUUGCUCAGAGAAUUAUUUUAAAAAGGUUAAUAAAAAUGGAUUUGAUUAAAAAAUCUUCAUUUUAAUUUUUUUUAAACCAUUUGUUCUUUUAAAAAAAAUUAUUAUAGAAGUUUGAAAAUUUUUAUUUAAAAAGUGGAGUAAAAGUUUAGUGGUUUUAGUUCUCAAAUUUUUGGAAAUACUUUCAAAAUAAAUUUUUAAUUCAUUAAUUGAAAAAAAAAAUGAAUUUGAAAUUUUUUGAGGAAAAAAGUUAUUACGCAAAUUAUUUGAAAUUGAGUGUUUAAAAAAAUUAUGCAAAAAUAGAAUCUGAUUUUUUUUAAAUUUCCAAAAGUAAGAAAUUUGUAAAAAAUUUAAUUUUAUUUCAAAAAUUGAAAAAAAAAUCAAAAAUUUGAAAAAAUUGAAAAUUUUGAACAUUUUUUAUAAAUAUUUAUUUAAGGGGGAAAUCUCAAAUUAUUUUCGUGUCGUUUCGAGGUUAAGUAUUUAACGUUGGUCAAAUAUUGCUCAAACAUUUGAAAUCUUCACCUCGUCCUUUUGAGGUCUCUUUACGUACUAGUUGUGGUUGUGGUAGAGAAGAAGGAAGUGGAGGGGAAGAAUAUUUCCCAAAAUACAAUAAAAUUAAAACCAUUUUCAAUGAGUACUCAAGUGGUCUAAAAAAUGGGAGAAAAAAUCUUGAAAAAACAAUAAAAUAAAAUAAAAAUGUAGGUAAAUCUCUUUUCAACAUCAGCCAAAAAAUUUUCCACUUUGAACUCUUCCUUUCUAAAAUGGCUGACCGAGUCAGUGUUCUAUUUGCCCCAUUUUGAGAUCAUUUUUUGAUUCCCUCCGAGAGGAUGGGGCUUACUUCAGGUCCUCUAGAAGAGGUUCAUUGAAAAGAUCUCAUUUUAAAUUUAACAACGAAGUUCAUACGAAGUUUAUUUUUUAAAAUGAUCGUUGAACGAAUCAAAAUCGAGUCUGAAUAGCUGAUAUAAGGUCAUUUCGUAAUACUCAAGUACCACCCUAUACUGUUUUAAGGAUUAAGUAAUACUUGUGAUCGAUUUUCAUUUUAAUUGUUGGCGCGUUCACGAAUUUUUUUUGUCGAGUCUUAUGUUAGUUUUUUUCGCCCUUGUUUUACGACUGAGACACGUGAAUUUUUUUUUCUUCAUUAAAAACAAGAGGGUACGUGCUCGUUACAAAUAAGGCUGUGCUACCGAUGCCCCCUUUUUUUAUAUUACAUAUUAUCGUGAAUUUCUCGAUACUCAGUCGUUAUAUUUAUAUAUUCCAGUACAAAACAAAAAACAAAAAAAAAAAAGAGGAAAAGUUCAGUUCAAUAGAUUGGAUUUUUUUUUUGAAAAAUUGUUUUACCGCGUAUUCGACUUGAACGUUGUGUUUGUAUAUUAACAUGUUUCAGUUUAUAAGUUUUUUCUAAGUUGAAAAGUCGUGUAAAAAUGUACAAUUUUGGGAAAAGGUUGUAUAGAUUUUUAUAUUUGUUUUCAAAGUUGACCCAUUUUCUUAUGUUAAUUUUUUUAUUUGUAAACAUUCCUCUCUGAAUUUUUUUGUUCAAGUUAUUUUUCCUACGUAAUUCAUGGAGCAAUUGAAAUACGCUUAACAUUUUUUAGCUCAGGGUAUUAAACAUUUAUUCGUUUAAUUUUUUUUUAUUUUCAAUGUGGCUUUUUAUAAUGUUCUUUUUUUCAUUUUUUUCAUUUGUCGUUUUGUUCGGUAGAGCACUUGCGAAAAUCAUCGUGUGAAAUUUACACGCUUUUGUAUUUAUUUUUACGUAUUUUUUUUUUCAUUUAAUUUUUAAUUCAUUCGUGUUAAAAUUCGAGUUUUAAUUUUUUUUUAUACCGUGGAUUUUUAAUAGCGUUGUUUUAUUUGUUUGGUUUUUUGUUUCGCUUCGACGAUGGUUUUGUUUUCAUUCCGAAGAUAGUUUAUAAAGACGUUUAAUUUUACUUUUAUAUGACUUUUUUUUUCAGUACGCAGUUAAUUUGUUUGAUUAUUCUCUUCUUGAUUACCCAUUCGUUAUGAAGUAGUACAAAAAAGUAAUGUAAAGUUCAAUUUUUAAACUGUACCUUAUGAGUUUGUUACUUCUUUUUGUUUCUGUUUCUGUUUUAUUUGUCAGUUUUUUUUUUUUGAAAAAAAUGAUGGUUUAUCGUUGACAUUCUCGAAAGGACUCUGCUCAUUAUAACGAAAUGAAGAUAAACUUUAUACAUAUAUUUUUUUGUAUUUGUUAAGGAUUGUUUUUAAGUAUUUUUAAAAAUCUCUUUUUGUAAUUUGUUACGUUUUCACUGUUUUUCUUCUUUUUUUUUGUGUGUGCGUGGAAUUAUUAAAUAGAUGUAUUUUUUUAUA